AUGGAGUAUCCAUUUCCCAAUCAUCUUUUAGCAAUCAUUGGUGCUGGUAUGGGCGGUGCAACAGCUGCGUACUAUCUGCGUCAGCUAUUUGGCUCGGAAGUGGGUAUCACCGUGUUUGAACAAUCCGGACGGAUCGGAGGUCGGAUAAAAUCUGCCAAUUUCGCUGGUCAGCUAAUCGAGACGGGAGCCAGUAUCUAUCACACCAGCAACCUUUAUAUGGUGAACUUCGCGAAGAAGUUUGGUCUGAGCGUUCAAGACAUGAGUGCCUCGGAUGAUCGCAUCAUGAUAUAUGAUGGUCGAGGUGGUCUCUCAUUCUCUUCACUGAACGGUCCAUCGUUCUUUGUCCAAUUUCGCAUGCUUCAGCGAUAUGGGCUACAACUGAUACAGUUAAGAUCUGCCACGAGCUCACUCAUACAGGAUUUUUCAAGUAUCUACAGCCUUCAGGACAGCGGCGAGUGUUUUGCUACGCCAGCCAGUCUAUUGGCUGCCAUCACACCAGAGUUUGUUGAAAUGACAAAAUGGACCUUUGGUGAUUGGCUGAGACAACUGACUAAAAUCUCCGAUCCAUUAAUAUCCGAGAUUGCUUAUGGCGCAGUAUCCAAAAACACCUGCCAGAACCUCAAUGUGCACGCGUUUGUGGGUUUCAUUAGCUUAGCAGGCAUGACACCAAAACUGGCCGCUAUCCGAGAUGGCAACGAACUUGUUCCCAAAAUGCUGAUUGAACAUGCUCUGGAGCACAAUCCCACCGGGAAUCCAGGAGGGUUUAUUCAUGCAAAGGUUACUGCCAUCCAGCCGUCUACAUCCGUUGACAGCUCCUAUACCGUCGAAUAUGUUCUAGCUCAAGAGGAAAACACUAAGAAAGCCACUUUCGACUACGUUGUGUUGGCCGCGCCAAUGCACCAAGCAGCAAAUAUUCUUGGAAGAGGCAACAUCAAAUUACCCACAGCGACCUACUGUCGGGUAGACCAUGCACUGAUUUGUGGGACGCUUAAGUAUUCUGCCUUUGGGAUAUUACCUGGCUCUGUCAUAGGGAAUAAAUUGCCAAUGAUUUUGCCGUCUGAAAGCGCUUAUGAAGAAAAGUUGUGUCCAUUUCGAAGUUUGUUUCUACUGCCAACAAAGGUUGCGGAUGGUAGUGCCAACGUUUACUCCUCUUUCAUUGUGCCAGAGCGCUCGACCGACCCGAUCAAAUCACUCACUUCUUUCAUCGACCCAGUGACUCCAACUAACGACAUUGGCUCACGCGGCCUAAAAACGGAGUGGUUUGCGUGUCCCGUUUACAAGCCGGUGGAAGACCCUCAAGAGGAACUUGGUACUUUCAUCUUGGCACCCAACCUCUAUUAUGCCAAUGCAAUUGAAGCGAUAGCUUCUUGCAUGGAGAUAGCGGCGAUCGGAGGUCGCAACGUUGCCUUGCUAAUCGCCGCUCAACGGCGAUCAUCGAAACAGCCGACAUGAGCUGCACAAUUUCGAUCGUUUGAAGACAUCAUUCGCUGACUCUCACGUGUUGCAUAAUGUGUAUGGUUAUCAAAUAAUUUUCGUUUCCAGCCUUUUUGGAUCAUCUGUACUUUUAUUGCCUCUGAAGACGGAUAAAUCAUUUUCAA